AUAUUAUCCACUUGUGCCGAUCAAAACGCAGGGUGUAGAUUACGUAGUAAAUGGACUUCUCGGGAGUUAAAUGAAUACAGUCUUUCGGGGUAGACAUAUAAAAUCUCUCUUUCUCCGCAGUGCAUCGGGCUUAUUACGGGCUAUUUGCGACGUAUCCUUAUUAUAAUGUGUUCGAUUAGGGGAGAAACUGAAGCUUUGAAGUGUCGAUACACAGUCCCCGGUGGGUGGUACUGUGCUGUACGUAUGUAGACGUCUUCACCUGCCGUGCCAGUGUUUUAUCGCAGAAAAUCUUCAGCAGACAAUGCUACCGUUUCCUUUGUAUGGCGGACAAGUGAGAUCUGAGGUAUGCUUUGGUUAAGUGAUCUACAAAGUAUGUCUUCCACUUUUAGGAAAGAAAAUCAUACGUAACGUGACGUUCCACUAUCAUGUCCCAACAAGGGCGGCAAGACUGGGUUAGCAGCAUCUGUGCACGCAUCCCUGCUACAGAAUGACCAACAUCAUCAACACUCUCCCAAUGACAUUCCCGCUCACUGACUCCCAAUACCAGCAUACCAUGACACAAACGGAACACGAGGGUUGUGCCCCUCUGCCUACACCAGAAUCCACAGCGUCAUAUUGGCACAAGGAACCGUCAAAGAUUCUCCUUAACCACCGAACAACCAAGGACCUGCCACCUGUUGUGGAUGUGGUGAUUGUUGGAAGCGGUAUCGUGGGUGCUUUUGCAGCAUGGCGUCUGCUACAAGAUGCUCAGGAUGAUGAGCUGGGUGGAACGCGUGGUAACGCGCAGAACGUCUUGAUGCUUGAGGCUAGAGAAGCUUGCUGGGGUGCCACUGGAAGGAAUGGAGGCCACUGCCAGCCGAAAUUAUUCGGCCAGCCCCCCCAUAUCUCUCGCUUCGAGCUGGAUAAUUAUACCUUUUUGAAGUCGUUCAUCAAGGAAAAUAAUAUUCCUUGUGACUGGGAGACUGUCGAAGGCUGCAAAUCAUUUUAUUCCAAGGCGAUGUUCGACAUGGCAAUCUCUGAUUCCGAGGCAUCAGCAAAACUUGACCCUGAGUUAGGCAAGCUGAUGACGCCCAUUCACCCUGGCGAUACAAACCCUUCGUUGAAAGACGUUAGGUUAGGAAGCGCAUCACUUGGCGCUUUGGUGCAGAAACCUGCUGCGAGCCUCUGGCCAUAUAAGCUGGUAGCCUGGAUGCUCGAGCAGCUACUUGAAAGAACUAGCUCAUCACCUGAAGUAUCUUUCAAUCUCCAAACCAAGACGCCUGUAACGCACAUCCAAAGCCUUGCAGACGGUAGAUGGAUAGUCCAUACCGAUAGAGGAAUGGUUACCGCAAACAAAGUCCUAUUGGCUACGAAUGCCUAUACAUCGCAUUUACUACCACACUUUGGGGACCUCAUAGUUCCUGUCAGGGGACAGAUGAGCUCCUUAAUACCCCCUCCUUCCAUAUCACCCCGUACCGGAAAACCUCUAAGCUACACGAACUCAUAUGGAUUCCUUGGAAAUAAGAGCCAGAACUCCAACCAGGACGACUACCUGGUACAGCGGCCUUUCUGCGAAGUGGAUGGGAAGUUAUCCGGAGGCGAACUCAUGUUUGGCGGUGGCCGUGGCCAAGCCACCAUUUUAGGCAUGGGUGCCGCGGAUGACACGACUAUUGACGAGGCAGUUGCUCACUACUUGCAAACCGAGCUGAACAACGAGCUUGAUCUGGACAAUAACAAUACAGAGCUCAAAGCCUCUUAUGAGUGGAUAGGUAUAAUGGGUUUCAGUCGAGAUGGCAGGCCUUGGUGUGGUGAGGUCCCUACUGCGAUGGGAGGUGGGGAGGGUCUAUUUGUUUGCGCCGGCUUCACGGGUCAUGGCAUGCCAACUACUAGUCUGAGCGCUAAAUACAUUGCGGAUCUCAUGAUGGGGAAGCAGGAGAGCGAUGUCAGGUUGCCGGAAGAGUAUAUUGUUUCCCAGUCGAGGGCGGCUAUAUCAAGGACGUACACCGAGGUGAUGAUGGUAGAUCUGCAGCCAGAUGAUUAUCAUUGCUAAAAUAUCCACGAAAUAGCUCCAGAAGAAGGGAUAGUUGAUAAUUUGAAGCAUUUAUGCCACUUAUUUCUUAUUCGUCCUCUUCAUAAGUACGCCCACGCCUGAUUGAACGUCGUUUAUCCGCCUCAUCACAGUGCAACCCGUAUUCGGCGAAGUACACCACCGCGGGUAUGCGUGCGAUUUCUUCUUCAGCAUUCUUGAGCUGCAAUCUUUGUCUUUCGUCAAUGGGCUUUGCCUUUGUCAGAAGAUAUCGAAAUCCCUUUGUAGUCGCAUUGCAGCGCAUAUUGUCUCCGCCAAGGCCCAUAGCUUGUAAUCUGAUAGGUUUCUUGUUUGUAGUCACCUGGUUUGGAUCCGGGAAUAUAGAUUUUGAGGAGUUGGAAUGUGGAAGGGUAAUUUUCUUUGGAG